AUGUCUGAUUUAUCAGCCCAACUAUCAGCAUUCAAGAAUAAGAUUAAGAGUGGGCCAUCUGUGGCGGUUGCAAGGAAGCCCAUUGUGGCCAAACCUCCAGUGUCAGAGACAAGUUCCAAUGGAAUCAAAAAUAAUGCAAAUAUAACUGGAGCUAACAAAAGGUCAACCCCAACCGACUCAGUUACUGAGUUUUUCAAACGCCAGAAAACAUCAUUGAACGAAACUUCAGGAGCUCACUUGUCUACACAGUUGCAUUUGGCGGUAGAGUUCCUUAAAGAACAGGAUCACCCCGUAAGUAUAUCCCAUUUGCACAAUAAUCUAAAUUUUGACGUGGAAAACACGCUACUACCACUUUUAAAAGAGAUAGAUCGAGUGAAAUUUGAUGAGUCAAAGAGGACUUUGGAGUAUGUAUCGCUCCAUAACAUCAAAAGUGCUGAUGAUUUGCUAGAGUUUCUACGAAAGCAAACAACCUUCAAAGGCAUAUCUGUAAAGGAACUUCGAGACGGCUGGGCUGGGUGUUUACAGGCAAUAGACGAGUUAGAGUCGGAGAACAAGAUCUUGGUGCUACGGAAUAAAAAGGAAAAUGCUCCUAGACUUGUAUGGGCUAAUGCCGGGGGCGAACUUGGCUCGGUAAGUGAUGAGUUUAAAGAGAUGUGGGUAGACGUAAAGUUACCAGAACCUGAUGCUUUAUAUCAAGAAUUAAUUGAUCAAGGCUUGAAGCCGACUGGUGCUGAUCCAGCCCUUUUGAAUAAAAAACCACAACAACAAGAAAAGAAACAAAAGAAAACACGCAGAGGUAAAAUAACAAACACUCAUAUGAAGGGUAUUUUGAAGGACUAUUCCCAGUUGGUGUGA